AUGUGGCUGGACGAUUGGGCCAAUCGUCUCAACCACAAGCCGAUGGACCGGCCGCCAGGUUCGGAGAUGGCCUUGACAACGGUCGUAGACAUUGAAGCACUGGGGUUCUAUGGCCUGCAGUUCCCAUGGACGGAGGAGAUGCUACUGAGCUCCAAGUUUGGUGCCGAAUGGCUGACGCAGGCCAUGCACGUAGCUGGCACGCUGCCACUGGACAACAAGGUGACGAAGGUCAGCGCAGACCCGUUCAAGAUCACCACCGGAAACAAUGGUGGCAAGUUCCUCUUCGAAGUCGAGUAUCUGAAUCCCUCCGAGGACCUCCACACUCGUCUCUUCGCGAAGAUUCCUCACUCCAUGGAGACGGCGACUCAGUCCGACCGCCUCAGCUCCUCUGUGAACAAGCAGCCGAUGGAGUUUUACGAGCUCAACUCUUCGCGGCUUUUGGAGGCCGAGCUGCCGGUGAAGAUCCCGAGGUAUUACUUCGGUGACAUCAGCAAUGAAACUUCCAACUGGAUCCUGAUCACGGAAAGUGUGCCGUUCAAGGACCCCAAGCGCUUGGACUUCGAGGGCAAGACAAGAGGCGACCCAAAGGAGCAGCUGAAGCCCUUCGAGAUUGAAGGUCCCUAUGACAAGUGCAUGGACUGGUGUUUGCGAGGCCCCCCGUCCGAAUACUACAUGGCCCUGGUGAAAUGCGGCGCUCGCAUGGCCGGCCUAGCAAAGGCGGGGAAGUUUGGGGACGAGCAGCUCAUUGGCAAGUACUUUGAGAACUUCAAUGCAGUGCCGAAGGAAGCUUUCGGAAUGAAGCCUGGCUGCUCGGGGCAGCCGCCAAACCAGUUGAAGGCCAAGCUUGACACAGCGAUGUCCUUCAUGGCCGACACAGGGAAGGCGCUCUUCCCCAGCUUUUGCGGCACGGAGGCAUGGCAAAACAAGUUCAGAGGCACCAUGAUGAAGCUGAAUGCUUACCUCGCCGAAAUGAGCUACUGGUGCCAUUCGGACAAAGACUACAUCGCGUUCACCCACAACAACCUGAACGUUGAUAACGCCUACUUCUGGCGAGACGAGGCUGGACACUUGGAUCUCGGCGUGUUCGACUGGGGAAGCAUGGGCUCAAAGUCCUUGGGCUUUAAGAUGUGGUGGUGGCUCUACUGUGGGGAGUUCGAGGAGAUGUCUGCAAACAUGGACAGGUAUCUUGACUGCUGCGUGGAGUCACUCCAGGAAUACGGUGGUCCUCGUUUGGACAAGGAGGUCCUGCGAAUGCAAUUCAUUCUGACGGCUUUGUCACAGAUGUUCGGCUUGGUGGCUGCGGUCGGGCAGAUUUACAAGAUGUGCCCGAAGAAGGAGUGGCCCAGCAUCAAGGACCGUUACGAUCCCCGCGUCGGCGAGAACAUCCAUGGCAAGAGUACGCUGCGGCUCUAUCUGCAGGUGAUGCGAACCAUCUGCCUGAUCAUAGAGGAGUGGAAGGCUGACAAGGUGGUGGAUGAGUUCGAAGCAAAGGCGACCAGCACCUUCUGCCAGAAGAAAGACCCCUCAACUAUGACGGCAUGA